AUGAGCCUCUUUGGCCUGCGCAGGUCCGACAAGCACAAGAACAAGGGCCCAGCUCCGACCUCGCCCACCAACGACGACGAGCGCGAGGGCCGCUCCCAGUCGCGCGGCCGCUCCCUCUCGCCUUGGCGCCGCUCGUCAAAGUCGCGCUCGCGCAACCGCGCCAUCCAACAGCCGCGCAGCCGUGACCCCUCGGCCGAGGGCGUCCGAGGCGACGACACCGAGGGCGAGAGCGAGGGCGAGAACGCCCGCCCGAUGCCCCUCGUCCAGGUCGCCAACGCCUUCGAGGACGACUCGGACGACGACAGCGAGGCCGGCAGCGUCGCCACCGCCGGCUCGCGCGACGACUUUACCGACGACGACGACGACGACCUGUUUGACGCAAACGGCGACUUCUUCGACGAGGAGGUCGAGAAGAACACCGAGGCCAACGCCUCGGCCGACACGCCGUUCGACUUUCUCACGCGCGAGGGCACGACCAUGGUCUACCCGGGCGAGGGCCCCAACCUCCUCCCGCCGACCGACCCCAUGUCGGCCGCCUUCCGCGCCGGCGCCAUGCCGCAGCGCACCCCGGUCGCCACCCCUCUCGCGACCCCGACCCUCGCCAACCCGUCCCCGUCCUCUACCGCCGCACCCUCGUCGUCGGCGGCGACGCGCACCAACCCGCGCACGUCCCUCCCGCCGCGCCGCCGCCCAACCCGCUCCGGCACCCUGUCGUCGGCCGCGCCCAAGCUCGAGCUGCACACGGGCCGUCCCACGUUCAAGAAGAACCGCUGCACGGUGACGAUCACGCACGGCGAGCCGGACCGGGUCCUCGAGGAGAGCGGCGGGAGGAAGCAGCGCAGGCGGUACCUCGUCGCGAGCGACUUGAGCGAGGAGUCGAUGUACGCCAUCCAGUGGGCGAUCGGGACCGUCAUUCGCGAGGGCGACGAGUGCAUCAUCGUCUCGGUCAUGGAGACCGACACCAAGCUCGACCAGGACCACCCCGACGCGGCGGCCAAGCAGUCCAAGAUCGCCAACCAGCGCGAGCGCCAGGCGGCGUGCCUGCAGCUCGCCCGCGGUGCGACGGCCCUCCUCGAGCGCACUCGCCUCAACGUGCGCAUCGUGUGCCAGGCCAUCCACGCCAAGGUGCCGCGGCACAUGCUCGUCGACAUGAUCGACUACCUCGAGCCGACCCUCGUCCUCGUCGGCAGCCGAGGCUUGACGAGGCUCAAGGGUAUGCUCCUCGGAUCCACGUCCAACUACCUCAUCCAGAAGUCGUCGGCGCCCGUCAUGGUCACCCGUCGCCCGCUGCGCGUCUCGCGCACCGUCCACCGCAAGCUCGCCUCGCUCGACCGCAUGCCGCGCACGUCGCUCGCCGACGCCACGAUCGACAAGGAGUCGCACGCGCAGGCCGUCGACGACCCGGAGGACCGCGCGACCGAGGGCGAGGACGUCAAGGAGCGCGUCGAGGAGAUGAGCGUCGGGCAGGGGCAGGGGCAGGGCGGUGGGCAGGGCCUCGGGAGGGUCGUCAGUCGGGAGACGGGGCCGUGAGUGGGUCGAGUGCGUGCGCGACGAGGAGGAGGGUUUGUACCGGCGUCUGCCCUUUGUACAUGUUCGACAGGUACGUGUUCGAGCACGCCUCGCACAGUCGCCUCGUGUCCCGUCUUCGUCCCGCUCGAGCCCCUCUUUCCGGCGCAUCGUCCGCCGUUCGAC